AUGGUGGCUUUGGCAACAGGAUCUCGAAAUGAAGUACGCAUGAUCUUACUUGGAAAAACUGGAGGAGGUAAAAGUUCGUUUGGAAAUACACUCAUAGGGGCUAAAGAAUUUACACCUGGUACAUCACCAAAUGGGGUCACUGAGCAUUGCAAGUGUGCUAGUCGAGACUUUGACGACAAAAAAUUAUUCGUUGUUGACACACCUGGAUUUCUUGAUCCUCGUAUUCAUCGAGAUGAUAUACAAGAGGAAGUCGCUAAAGCUUAUCAAGUAACAGCAUUACCUGGACCACAUGCAUUUUUACUCAUUGUUGAACCAACACGAUUUCUUUCGGAAGAUGCCGAAGCAAUUAAUUAUCUCAGUGAUAUAUUUGGUCCAGACGCUAUUAAAAAUACGGUUAUUAUUUUCACUCAUGACGACGCAUUUGAUCCAUCAGAAGGUAAAACAAUAGAAACUUAUUUGCAAGAAUUGACAAGCAAAUCUCCUCUCAGAACAAUACUUGAUCAGUGUCAAUGGCGCUACUUGUCAGUGAACAACAGAGGACAGGAAUCAGAAAAGAGAAAAGUGAUAGAAAAAUUACUUGACAUGAUUGCAUCGAUAAUUGCAAAGAAUGGUGGCAAAGGGUACAGAACAACAAAAUUUGAUAAAGUUGCUAAAGUGAAUGAUGAGGAGAAAUCUAAAGGAGAUUAUAAUCCAAUCAAACCUGAUGGAUCGAUUAUUUUGCAUCCAAAGAUCAAGGAAAUUAUUGUCGAAGACUUUCUACGCCGAACAGUUGGCCGAAAAGUUGUCCAUUAA